AUGACAACUUUAAUAUCAUCAGCUCAGUCUAUUUCCGAAGCAAGUACGCCCCAAUUUGCUGGCUCAUCAGGCUCUGGUGGUACGGUCAAUAUUUCUGGAACUUUAGGGUCAAAUGCAUUGAAAAAGCGACGUAGAGGACUGGAUGAGCAUGCAGGUAAGACAACAUUUAAUAAACGAGGAAAAUUGGGGAGCUCUAGUUCGUACUCUUCGUCUAGUUCAGCAUCAGCAGUGGAUAAUCCUUCUUCGGUUUCGGAUCCUGCUAAUAUCCAUGUUGGUACUCAGGUGGCAUUUAGGUUGAGAAAGCAUAAAGGUGGAGAAGAAGAGUGGAUUCAGUGUGAGGUGACCAAAGUUAUAACUGAAGGAAUACGGUUUGAAGUUCAAGAUCCAGAACCUGAUGAAAAUAAUAAUCCAGGACAAUCAUACAAGGCUGGCAUUCGCGAUAUAAUUGUUGUGCCUAUUGACCAGGACAAUACAUCUCUACCACCAUUCCCACCACAUACUAUAGUGCUGGCAAGGUAUCCUGAAACAACUACUUUCUAUCGGGCCGAAGUCAUUGACAGCAGCAAAAAGGAGGGAAAAUGUCGGCUAAAGUUUGAAGGUGAAGAAGAAGAAGGUAAAGAGACCGAGGUAGAACGACGUCUAGUACUUCCGAUUCGUUGA